AGAAGCUGCUUUCACAGAGGGUAAAUAUUCCCCUUGGUAAGUGAGUGCACUCCUUAGAGAUAAGCGUGAUCCUGUCUUUGGAGAGUCUCUUGAUUAGGGUUAAGGCAGCAGAAUUAGGGCGAAAACCAGGAAGCAAAGGAACUUCUUAAAGAAACAAAGUUAUGAAAGGGAGAAGCCACCCGGAAGGAAGAUGUGGUGAGAAUAACAGAACUGUGGGGCUGUCUGUGAUUCCAGGCUCCUUUCUGAUUUCAUCUUUUGGAUGAGAUGGAAUUGCCUGUCAUUGAGAAACACAAAAUAUUCCACAAGUGUCACAUUUGGAAAUACGGUAGCAAAGGAAGAACACUGUUAGAGUGAUAUAAUAAGAAAUAUAAACAGAUUGAAGUCCAAACUCAUAUAAAUCAUAAUCAACUGUAUGAUUUGCUAAUCAUCCAAGUCUCUCCAUGUCUCAAAAAUGACUGCUACAUUUUAUGGUGUGUCAGAUAUGGGAUAGGGUCUUCUUGUUGUUCAAAAUUCCAACUCAGUAGAUUAGGGCUUUUUCUAUUAAGGAACGAAAUAUCAGCAACGAAAUAUCAGCAAUGGACCUUACGUUUAUAGCACAUUCUUACAGUUUGCAAAGAGCUUAGCACACCUGUCCUCCUGACCCAUCAGGCCUGCAGUAGUCUCCCCUGCCUUUCAAUUUACAUCUAUUUGGGGCAUCAAUUAUUUGGCACUUGGGUGUUUUUGCUCAGGAAAAACACAGCCCAGUAUGUAUCUCUAGCUAGGUCUCCAGGCAUAGCUAAGCAGCCCAAGAGUGUCUUCAAGCAUUUGUACCCAGAGCAUGCUGCUAUUACAAGACAUAUUGCCUGAUAUCAUGCGUGUCAGCCUCUGUCUAUAUAGUGGCAUCUUCUUGUGGAUAGUCACUGGGUCUGUAUUUAUUACUGUUUUUUACUCACUGAUUCUUAAUCAUUCUGGGGGCCCCAAAACUUGGCUCAGUAUCUGCCCUUAGAGUUACAUAGAGUACACGUGUGGAGUGAAUUAAUUUGCUACCAGUCUAUUCACUGCAGCACAUUUUGCAUUUUAACCAGAUCACUUAACAACUAUUUCUUUCUUAUUAUUAUUGCAAAAACAGAGCACAGUGAGAUCUGCCAAUUCCAGACUUCUCCCUCGUGCCCUGGAAAUGUAUGUGUUCUUAUCGGGGGAGGCCAUUUGUUUCUGAUUAAAAGCUAUCUAGACCUUUUACUAGCUAUCUAGACCAAAGGAAGCCAUGGGUGUGUUUGCCUAUGUGUUUCCAAACUUGCUGAUGAAUUUUAUCUGUGUGAGAUGUCUUCUCCAGAAAGAAGAGAGGAAAGGAGGGAAUAGUUAGGGAGGUGGGAAAUGAAUUCUGAGUAAAUAUUUGGUGCUAGGCAGUUUUGUGUAAUUAUUAUCACAGUUUCAGACUCAAACAAUCCUUCCAUGUGACUGUGUUUCUUAUUUGCAAACAGUACAUCUUGAAGUGUGUAAGUGGGUUGUUUGGGGGGCACAUGGCCCAUCAGUUGCAGAGACAGAGUUCAAACCCAGUUUUGCUGCCUCCAGGGUCCAUUCUUACUGCAGACUACCCAACUCUUCCAAAAUCAAAAAGAGACUCCUAAAUAAACCAAAAGUCUCAGGGAGGGAAGAGUGUAAAUUUUGUUGUAAAUAAUGAAGCCAGGCAGGAAGUUCUCAACCUUGCAAAGGGAAGGACGGCAAGUAAGAUUUUGAAACAGGCAAGCCUGGAAAAGCCCUCUGAUCCUUCCUGCAAGUCCCUCUGGAACCAGAACACAGCAUGGCCAAGCGAGUUGCAGUGAUCGGAGCUGGUGUGAGUGGCCUGUCCUCCAUCAAAUGCUGCUUAGAUGAAGACCUGGAGCCCAUCUGCUUUGAAAGAAGUAGUGACAUCGGCGGACUGUGGAAGUUUACUGAAAAUGUUGACGAUGGCCGAGCAAGCAUCUAUCAAUCCGUUGUCACCAACACCAGCAAAGAAAUGUCCUGUUUCAGUGACUUUCCAAUGCCUGACGAUUUUCCAAACUUCCUGCACAAUUCUAAAGUCCUGGAAUAUUUCAGAAUCUUUGCCAAGAAGUUUGAUCUACUAAAGUAUAUUCAGUUCCAGACAACCGUCCUCAGUGUGAAAAAACACCCGGAUUUUGCAACCUCUGGCCAGUGGGUGGUUGUUACUGAGAACAACGGUAAGGAGCAAAGCGCUGUCUUUGACGGAGUCAUGAUCUGCAGCGGCCAUCACGUCUUCCCUCAUCUCCCACUGGAGUCAUUUCCAGGUAUCCAGAAGUUCAAAGGCCAGUAUUUCCAUAGCCGCCAAUACAAGCACCCAGAGGGAUUUGAAAAGAAACGCAUUUUGGUGAUUGGAAUAGGAAACUCAGCCUCAGAUAUUGCAGUUGAGUUGUGUAAGAAGGCUGCUCAGGUGUUUAUCAGCACCAGACAUGGUUCCUGGGUCCUGAGUCGUAUCUCUGAAGAUGGCUAUCCCUGGGACUUGACAUUCCUCACCCGCUUUAGAGCCAUGCUCUACAAUAUCUUGCCACGAAUUGUUGUAAAAUGGGCGAUGGAAAAAGUGAUGAGUCAAUGGUUCAACCAUGAAAAUUAUGGCCUUGUCCCUCAAAACAAAUACCUUUUAAAAGAGCCUGUCAUAAAUGAUGACCUUCCAAGUCGUAUACUCUAUGGAGCCAUCAAGGUGAAAUCAAGAGUGAAAGAGCUCACAGAAACAUCUGCCAUCUUUGAAGAUGGAACAGUGGAAGAGAACAUUGACAUCAUUGUCUUUGCAACAGGAUAUACUGUCUCUUUUCCCUUCCUUGAAGAUCUUGUUAAAGUAGAGAAUAAUAUGGUCUCACUGUACAAAUUCAUCUUCCCUCCUCAACUGGAGAAGUCAACUCUUGCAUGCAUCGGUUUAAUCCAGCCCCUAGGUCCCAUUUUCCCAGCUAUUGAACUUCAAGCUCGUUGGGUAACCAGAGUUUUCAAAGGCUUAUGUACCUUGCCCUCAGAGAGAACUAUGAUGGAAGACAUUAUCAAGAGGAAUAAAAAAAGAAUUGACUGGUUUGGAGAGAGCAAAAGCCAGCUACUGCAGACCAGUUACAUCAGCUACGUGGACGAGCUCGCUGUAGAGAUAGGUGUGAAGCCAGACAUCCUUUCUCUCUUGCUAAAAGAUCCUAAACUGGCUGUGAAACUCUAUUUUGGGCCGUGCAACUCCUAUCAGUAUCGUCUGGUUGGGCCUGGGCAGUGGGAUGGAGCCAGGAAUGCCAUCUUCACCCAGAAACAAAGGACACUGAAGCCUUUAAAGACACGAGCUAUCAAAACCUCAUCUACUUUCCCAGUUUCCUUCCUGUUGAAAAUCCUGGGGCUUCUUGCUGUUGUGGUGGCCUUUUUUUCCCAACUUCAGUGAUUCUAAUCUGUCAGCAUAAUGCUUUAAGUUUUAAUGGCAGUCAGUACCUCUUAAAGAAAAAAAAACUAAAAGAAAAAAUAUUAAAUCUAAAGUCUAAAUUUUAGAGUUGGAAAGAACAGAGAGAGAGAAAGAGUUAGAAGAAUUAGGUAUAAAAUGUAUAAAACCAAAA